UCUCUCGCGUUCGCAAAAAAUACGACUGUUUUGCAGUCUACUGGUAAUCGAGCCUAGCGAUAAUCGCGCAUUGAAAAACCGAAACAUGUGACUAUCUUAUGACGAUCCCGUAAUACUGAAGGUACUCGCGUUGGGUUACCUCUUUUCAUGUUGUACAACUAUGGCCGUAAUACGAAUUGUACUUCUUGUGUGCCUGUUGCAAGGAACAUGGGCACUUGUUUCUGUCAAUUCAAAGAUGAAGUCUUUCUCCUAUGCCAUAAAGAACGGUUUUAUACACCCAAACGUAGAGAAAACGCUCUACGAACACGACACUGGGGAACCGGGUGUGAUUACGGAGCAAUGGUUUACCGGUCUCACGAUGAAUCAAGAUACAAGAAUAAGAAUCUACAUCGACAGUGAAGUGGAGGCAAGUUUGGAUUUUAAUCUCUUCCUCGCUCAUGGAUUAGGAUUCUCCGAGAGAGACGACCUCGCAAACAUUCCAUGGGGGACACGGCGAAUCGCUCAUUCGGCUGAUGGUGGAAUCUACAACACUUUUCGCAUACCGUUUAGUAAAUCAUUCCGAGUGACUGCCACCACAACCGAUUCUGGUUACUUUUGGUACAUCAUCCGAGGGGUGGAGAAUUAUCCUUUGGUGUUGGGUGAUCUGAUUCUGCCGUCACAUACAAGGCUGAGGCUCUAUAAGAACGAAGACGUGCACCUGAAACCGUUGGAGUUCCUUCGUUUGGCAUACGCCAAUAACUCUGCUGGCGCAUUGUUCAUGGUGACAUUAGUUGCCAGCAGUUCUAAUCUUGUUUUUCUAGAGGGCUGUAUGCGAUCGUAUAUCGAUGGAAGUAACAAAACAACUUGGCUAUCCUCUGGCACUGAAGACUUCUUCCUGUCUGCAUAUUACUUCGAUAAAGGACUAUACCAUCUCGACAAUGCUGGCUUGACUCAUUUAGACAAAGGCGGACUUGUGAGCGCUUACAAGUUUUUCGAACACGAUCCAUUGCUGUUUACAAAAUCCUUCGAACUUUGGUGGAGGUGCAGUGAUAUGGACAUUAGCAAAGAUAAGUGUGGCUGUCCUAACACCUGGCCAGAUCCCACCCCUCCCAGAAAUGAGCAGUUUUUCACCAAAUAUUCUUCCAUGAAAGAAAAACUGUACAGCAAAGAAGAGCCCUCCAUCAAGGGAAAACCAUCCAGUAAAACAAAGUUCGCUGGGAACGAAGGGUUCUUCACCAAUGACAGUCGUACACUUAAAGAGAAAAUUGCAAUGACUGGAAACUCCUUUCUAUUAGACAGGGGAAUUAUGCAGCCUGCUGUUGUGACCACAUACACCUGGGUGUAUGAAUGGUGAAGAUUUGCUAGGCUGCAUUAGGUGAACAAAAAUUCAGA